CGAACAAAGAGGCGGGAGCGUAGCAAACACGACUGUAGGAGCGGAUUCUACAAGGCCACCCACUCACAUCUGACAAAGGCUUUCUUGUCGGAAGAGGCGGAGCUUGAGCGCGGGUAUAAAAGCGCGCGAUCUCACUUCCUCCGCCAGUCACAAGACAGGAAAACUAGGAGUACAUCAGCUGAGAGGGAAAACCUGAUAGAAAGAUGAAAGAGAACGACGACAACUGCAAGUAUUCAUUCAAGGUUUUAGUGGUUGGAGAUCCAGGAGUUGGCAAAACCUCCCUCAUUCGGAGAUUCACCAAAGGGUACUUUUGCGACAACAGUUCUUCUACAGUAGGAGUUGACGUUGGAACACGAGUGCUUGACAUACACGGAGAUAGAGUGAAAUUACAAUGUUGGGAUACGGCAGGUCAAGAGAAAUUCCGAGGCAUAACUCAAAGCUAUUAUCGAAACGCGGACGCUGUGAUUCUAGUCUUUGAUAUAACAAACAGAGGUACCUUUGCGAGUAUUCCGCAAUGGCUAAUGAAUGUUCAAAAAUACACGAACAAAAACAUUUUGAAGGUUCUUGUGGGAAACAAAACCGACUUGAAAGGCGCGAGCCGAAAAGUGAACACUAGGUCAGCUGCAAAUCUGGCAGAAUUCGAGGAACUCCUAUACCUUGAAACCUCCGCCAAAUGGGACGAUAAUGUUGAAGUAUUGAUCGCAGAACUGGCCGAGCAACUCCGGGAGAAUGCGAAAAACAGGGUAUUCGAGGAGAGUGACAAUAAUAAAAUUGUGAGCCCUAAUGCUGGAGCCUCUGGCCUUAUCAAGUUUGGCCUUCACAAGCUCCGAGAAAGCCUUGGUCGCGAUUCCAACGUUCUGAUGGUACAGAACUAACAUUCAAUGCCCUAAGAAAUAAUAUAUAGACAAUUCUAAUAUAAUAGUAAAAAACACUCGAUAUAUCGUGACUUAAAAACGCAAUCGCGCUAACAGAUUGAUAGGCAAAAUUCUACACCAUAUGCAUAAUUUAUUUUAAAGCAAGGGAGAGACUCAAAAGCUUUAUCGAGAACUCGAAUGUUCUGUUUUGCUCUUCUCAAUCCAAAUUAUUAUUGUACAUAAAAUGUAAAUAGAUUGUUCAUAGAGUUUUAUAUUUGAUGGAAUAAAAAGCACCUCGGUGCAGGGAGACGGUGA